AUGUACGACGACGAACCGCAAUCCAUAUUUGUAUUUAGAAAUCCACUUCGUUUCCUGUCUCGCAAAGGACGACAAAUAGGAGCCUAUCUCUCUGGCGGAUUGCUAGCAGUGGGUUGGUGGGUCUUCAUCGAUGCAGUGAUCAAUUCAGCAAAGUACGAUGGGGAGAGUUAUAUGGGAUUUGAGGAUUGGUUUUCUGGUAUUCUCACAACGUUUGGUAUGAUUGUUAUCAACUUGAUUGAUAAGAGCCGUUUGCAAGGAGAGGCAUUUUCAUAUGCUGGUUCAGGAUUAGUCUGGAAAGCACGUUUGUUCUUAUUUUUGGGAUUUGCAUUGAUUGCCGGAGGAUUUGCUGGGUCCUGUUGUGUUUUGAUUAUCAAGUACAUUGUCCAUUUGGAGUCUGCACAGCCUUACAUCAACUAUGGCAUUGCAGGCGUUGGACAGAAUGGGUUGAUCAUGUUGAGUACCAUUGUUUUGUGGGUUGCUCAGAAUACGCAAGAAGAAUACGAAUAUAGCGUGCGUCUCUAA